CAGUGUAUUUAACAUCGUGGGUUAAUAUGAAAUGGAAAUUUUCAUUUCCAGAUUUUUUUUCAACUGUGUUCUAUUCUGAAUAACCUGUUUUUCAGUUUUUUGAAUUGGACGCUCAUAUCGGGAUUAGAGGAAGCUAGAAAUUCUGAAACUAAUUGUUAUUGCUGUACAUCAAGAUUCUUAUAUUGGUAAUACAUUAUGGGCACUAAGUCGGAAACGGUGUCUCAAUCAUCUCAGCGAAACGCAUUAGUACAACAGAUUUGGAUUGAUGAAGUCAGAGGAUUGCGAAAAGAGUUGAUAAAUUUUUCCUUUAUCUCUUUGAAAAAACCAACCGAAUUAUCGCGCUGUCUGGUAACAAUAAGUGAAGUAAGUAUUCUAGAUACAAAUGAUUCCAAAAUUUUACGACAACACGAUAGUAGUGAACAGUGGAUUGAUAUAGGAAAAGCCGUUACUCCAGUCGAUUGUUAUAUCGAACAAUUCUUAAAUCAAAUGCUUUCUAACGAAAAGAGCAGAUGCACCAUCACAAGCAAAUCAAAUACUAUCAGUUUUACAAUUCAGUUGCAUAGAAUAGAAGAUAGAAAUUAUUACUUUGAGCAAAGUGCAGAACAGAUGUUAAUUGUUGCCCGUCAGUACAAAAGAAAUGGUGUUGAAAUGUUUCCUAAAUAUCACCCUUUUGCGCAUCGAUACUUCAGUAUGGCAGCUAGAUGUUUACUUUCCUGUAUACCAUUAGAGACUCCUAAUCCAUCUCACGAAGACUUUGAAAUAAUAAGAGAAAUGCAGUCUCUUCUGGAAACGUUAUAUCUUAACAUUUCGGCUUGUCUCAUCAAACAAAGUCGCUAUGAAGAAGUUCUUGAUGUAUUGGAAUACAUUGACCAUCAGGAAAGCCCUUCGGAGAAAGCCGUUUAUCGUAAAGCGUUAGCGUAUUUUCACCUCAGACAGUUUCAACAGUCUGUAUCCACAUUAUGCCGAAUCGACUAUACUUGUAAUAAAGAUUGCUUGGCUUUAUAUCGAAGAGUUAAAAAUACCAACCACGAAGAAAAUAUCAAAUACAACAACAUGAUCAAAAAGAUGUUCGCGUGAUUUCUAUAAAUUGGUCGUGCAAAUAGAAUAUACUUAAGCAAAUAAAACAACUGAAAGUAAAACAAGAAUAAAA